UCCACCAAAAAAGAGCCCUUUAUGACAAUUGAUGUCACAUCUCUAUCCCCACCCUCAUCAUAACAUUCUUUGUAGCUUGCAAUUUUCACAGCUCCCACUCCCUUUUCCCUCUCUGCUUAUUACUUUCAGUGACUCUGUUGCUGUAAAUUGGAAAACCAUAGCUUUCUUCAAUUGCUGAAUCAUUGGGCUCUCUGCUUUCUGCAUCCAAACCGGUCAACGUUUGCUUAUUAUGCCAUAUAUAAAGUAUUACACUUUCAUGGACACAUACAUUAUGCAAAAGAAGAGAAAAGAAAUGCACUUCUGAUUUAGUCACCAGCACAAGGAGAUGGGUUAGAUUUUGUGGGUUUUUUAAAUUUUACAAGAUAUUAAAUGGAUUUGCCUUUCUUUUUCUUUUUCCAAGUUUAUUAUUGUCUCUGGCUGGUAGGUCUGGUGGCAGUUUCUCUUUGGUUUAUUUGAUUUUCCUGACCAUUAAAUGUUACAGAUUUUGACUUGUCUACAUAGUUAAUUUGUUCCAAGAAACUCGACUUGUGUUUUCCUAGAAAAUGAAAAUUUGAAGUUGAUACUGAAGAAGUGAGAUCAGUAUUUUUACAAGGGAAUCUAUGGCAGCAGAAUUGGAACAGGAGUAGUUGGUGAGGUUUCAAGGUGGAGAUGUUUUAGUGCUCAUCUAAAGAAUCAUUCAAGGGUCCAGUUGAGUAAAUACUAGGAAGAUGGGAUCUUUCAUCGGUCAUGUAUUGCCAGGGACCUUAUUUCUUCUUGUUGGGGCAUGGCAUAUAUGGGACUCUGUGGUGAGAUAUGUGUCAAAUCCUAAGACAUUCAGAGUUCAGGUUUGGAAUCCUGUUCCAGGGUUUGAUGGGAGGUUCAGGCUCUUGGAGCUCUAUGUUAUUUCAAUUGGUGCUUUCAUUGACUUGUGUGUGGAGCUUUUGUUAGCAACCCACCUCAGGUUUUUUGUAGGUGGAGUCUUGAACACCACUUACUUCAACAACUUUGAGCACUCAGGAAUGCUUCUGAUGUUUUUUAUUUAUGGUGUUGUUGCCCUCCUCUCAGAAAAGACAAGAUAUCUUCCAUUGCCGAACGGUGCUCUUUGUUUAAUUGCUGCCACAGCAUUCUGUGCAGAGUAUCUUCUAUUCUACUUUCAUUCAACAUCACACAAAGGCCUUGAGGGCUAUUACCAUGUCCUCCUUGCUAUACUGAUUGGUCUUUGCAUUAUAUCUUCAAUUGCUGGGGCCCUUUUGCCAACCAGCUUCCCAGUAGAUUUAUGCAAUGGCAUUGCUAUAACGUUGCAAGGAAUCUGGUUCUAUCAAACCGCUUUUGUUCUUUUUGGCCCCAUGCUACCAUUUGGUUGUAGGCUCAGUGAUAGUAAUAUCACAUGUAAUUCAAAAGAGAGCGAGGUUCGGGCUGAAUUGCUUGCUAACUGUCAGCUCUUUGUAGCAGUCCUCUUUGUUCUUGUAGGAACUGUAGCAUCCUAUGGCUUUGCAGCUUCAAGAUAUGGGAACUGUGAAGAGCUUGCUACCAAUUAUGGUUGAAUUAGAUGAGGAAUGAAAUCGGUCGUUAUUUUUGUUUCCUUUUCUUAUUUUUUCUUUCUGGUGAUGUGAAGCUGCGAUGUAUUGGCAGCCUUGUUUCUUGUAGAAUGUCUGUAUGUUGAUGAAAAACAGUCCAUACUGUGGUGAAAUAAUUUUUUAGGAAUCAAAUGUAAAAUGAACAGGGAAAGUAAUAUUUUUUA